AGGGAGAUGAUCCGUCUGGAAGUUCAGUAUUUCGGUCUCAAUAAAAUCCUAUUGCUAGCUAUCGGUUUGUGGCCUCAUCAACAAUCCAAACUCACUCGAUUUCAGUUCAUUUUCCUCUCCAGUAUUCUGACAACGAGUAUUAUAUUUCAGAUGUACUCUUGAUCUCGUUGCCAAGGUUGUGUCUUCCGCAUCUUUCUUUACUGUUUACUUGAUACACUACAAUUCGUUCUGUAUUAACAUCAAAACCGUAAAAAAGUUAUUGAUGGAACUUCAACAUAUAUAUGACGAAUUAAAGGAUGAAAGAGAAAUUGCGAUCAUAAAAAAAUAUGGCUACAAUGCGAAACGUUACACAGCUGUACUUACGGCAGCUGCGGUUUGCGGAAUAUCUUUUACUAUUAUCGUUCAAUGUUUGGUGAAUAUGUUUGACGUUGCUUUAUCAGUAAAUAUAUCUCAACCACGUCGAAUGCAAUUCGUAACAGAAUAUUUUGUCGAUCAAGAAAAAUAUUUUUUUUUAAUCCUAUUACAUACAAACGUAGCAUUUUGCAUAGGAUCGGCUGCAACAAUAGCAACAGGAACAAUGCUUCUUGGAUAUCUUCAGCUUAUUUUUGGAAUGUUCAAAAUUUCUAGUUAUCGUAUCGAACGUGCAGUGAAGAUCAAUAUUUCACAAGAUAUUAGCCUAAAAAAUAGAAUUUCCAAAUCCGGAAGCUUAAUGUGCGCUGUAGAUAUUCAUCGGGAAGCAAUGAGAUUAUCCAAAUAUUUAGUAACUAGAUUUGAAACAAUGUUCUUGAGUUUAACGGUGAUCUUUAUCAUUUCCUUAUGUUUCAAUUUUCUUCGGAUUUUUCAGGUUGUAUCCUCGAAAGAAGCUAUUGAGGAAGCUUUCUUCCCUAUUACUUUUGUAUUUAUUAAUAUAUUUUAUUUGUUUAUAUGCAACUUUUGUGGACAAAAUAUCAUAGAUCACAAUAAUCACGUAUUCAUUACUGCGUACAGCGUUCAAUGGUAUGUAGCUCCCUUGCAUAUUCAAAGAAUGAUACUCUUCUUGUUGCUAAAAGGCGCCAAAGAUUUUACUAUAAUUGUCGGUGGAAUAUUGGUUUCAUCCAUCCAAUGCUUUGCUACGUUGGUAAAGGCUUCAGUAUCUUACUUUACUGUCAUGUUAUCUAUGGUAUGACGUAUGACUAAAUCAGAUAUAAACAGGGAGAAAUAAAUUUUAAGAAGCAGUAUCUCACACAUGUAGAAAGUUUUAGUAUUAAA